CUAUUUCAUUUGAAACAAAAUUUGUGCUUGCAAUGGUGUAAAACUCUACUCUAGUUGAAGGUUUCACCUUUGAGGAUAAACCUCGCUCUGCUGCUCCCAGUGAGGGUUUAUCGUUUAACGGGUACUCCCUUCUGCGCCCUCAACCCUGCGAUUGUUUUGAACCGAUUUUUGAAAGUGAAACAGACUGAGUGUGAACUGUUUACCCGGCAUGGCAAGCUUGUUGACAGCAUCGGCCAUCAGCUAUUAUCCUGUGAACAAUGGUUCCAGGGGAUUUGGAAAGUCGGGGAAUUUUUCUAAAGGAAGGUGUUGCAUAAAAGCAAUGAAGAUAGAGAAAUCCUUGGAGGAAUUGUACAAUGUGAAAGUGGAAAGAAAAGUGUCUCCUGAGAGACUAACUGAGCUUGGAGUAUCAAAAUGGUCAGUGUGGAAGACUGGGAAAAGCAAGCUUCCCUGGGACUGGCAGGUAGACCAAUUGGUGUACAUUGAAGAAGGGGAAGUGAGAGUUGUGCCUCAAGGAAGCAAGCGUUUCAUGCAAUUUUUGGCUGGAGACUUGGUCCGGUACCCAAAGUGGUUUGAAGCUGACCUCUGGUUCAAUGGCCCAUAUCAAGAACGUUAUAGUUUCAGAGCAUAUGGUGAUGAUUGAAGUAACAUGCACGUCUUAUCUGGAUGUUUCAAGUAGUAGAUGUGUUCUAUAUAGUUUUAGUCGCUCAGUUCUAAAUGUACUGUCAAUAUAUUUGAAUGAUUGCGAUACUUAACUAUCUUCUGAAAGAUUUGGCCCUAAUUGCUUUUGUUGUAUCCUUUUUUCAUGUUUUGCCAAUGCUAGGCAAGACUUUCCGAUGAGUUUAUCCAGACCAGCUUGAUAUAUUCCA